AUGCGCCUUUUCUCCUGUGUCAUUGCAGCUCUCGCUGGAACAGCCUUCGCCGCUCCUAGUAGCAUCGAGCAGCGACAGGUCAAUAGCAACCACGGUACCAUUGUGACACCCACAAGUGGUUCCUCACUAUUGUCCGGUGGAACAUUUGACUUCAAGUAUAUCCAGUCCGAUUGGUGCCACGACGGAUACAGCCCUGUCGAUGUCUAUCUCACCAGCUUCGCCCCAACAGCUGCGAAUCUGAACUCUGCCGGUGGAUUCUCCGAGGGUGAUUACACCUAUUUCUUUGGUUCUUUCCUGGCAGCGAACUUUGGGCUCCCUGUUAUCACUCCCGCUGUCCCAACUAGUCUAACACUUCCCGCCCUCAAUGGGAUUUCAGCGGGAUCCCAACUAUUCCUUGCCGUUGUUGAAACUGCUAGGAGCUGCCCGCCCGGAAAUGUUCCUCCUCAAUAUGGCCUGACCUCCACCGCCAUCGUGUACGGUUGA